AUGUCUGACAAAGGGGUACCGUAUGGAACCCAAUACCAAGUUGAUUCCCCCACCAACUCUCCUGAAGUCUCGGUUCUAGUAGAGAAGGUGUUGGCUGAAUUCGACAAAGCAAGAGACGGGGGAAAUUCUGUAUUUGAGAAGGCGAUGGCUGAAGUUUACAAAGCAAAAGGAGACGGGGGAAAUCAUUCAGCCGAAAGCAGUGGGGUGCGGAAAUUUUCGUCACAGACAGUGGACAUACAUGGAAAUUACCGUUCAGGCAGUUCCGACGAUCAGGAUAAUAAUGAAGAAGUUGACCUUGCUCAAAUCACGGAACCUAUUCCGGAUACGGAAGGUGAGUGCUUUCAAGCUCCAAUUUUUAACCGCGUCACCUCAUCGUUACCAAAUUUGAGCCCGUGGCGAGGAAAGCAUGGUUUUUGCGUCGAAUUUGCUCAUUCGCAGAAGAAUUGGGUCAUCAUUCCUAGGGAUGAUGGUAGUCGUGGCGUUGUGUUCAUAAAGCGGCGAAUACCGUGGGAAUUCGCUGUGGUGCUGAAUGAACCCAUUGACGGAAUGUGUAUUCGUUUGACUCCUGUGUUCGACGACUCGGAAUUCGCCAUGAAUCUAGUGAUUUGCUGUCAGCAGUCGGAGCACGCCACUGCGGGGAACAAUUAUUUUGAGACUCAAAGUUUAUUGCGUAUCGUCGAUACCGGAGCCCUCUACGAGUACCAUCGUGAUCGUCUCACUGUUCGCUUCCUUGUAUCGGAUGUGACCCGAAAUGACGAUGGUUCCUAUGCGAAUGUCAAACUGUUUUUCACCUGUUUGGGAACCUGUCCCAUAGUGGAGAAUGAACUGGGCAAGCGUGUGAAUCGCACAUUUUCAGUCAUCUUCACACUGGAAAAUAACGAUGGGGGAAUUCUCGGCAGAGACUGUGUGAGAUUCAGAGUAUGCACAAAUCCUGCACGUGAUAGCAAGAAGCUCAAACAGGGCCUCGCUGUUGAAACUGAUUCAGAGGAAUGUUCCCAGGGUAUUGUAAUGAUUAUGAUGCCUGAAUCAGCAGCCGUCGUGCAGAAAUUGUUGGCUUCGCGAAAUAGCAACGCGAGUAUGGUUUGA